AUUUGAGAUCAGCAGACAAAGCUGGGUCAUUCAUUUCAUUGAAUAAUCAAUACGUAAUAUUUACGAAAGCUAUUCAGAGUGCAAAAUAUCAGGACGAGAAUUCUCGUCACCCGGACCCAAAGGGUUAAUAUUUUUUGGUAAGUAUCGAAGUUUUCAGUACUUUCCCUGGUACCGAACCGAACGAUUCCAUACCUAACAGGGUACCGAACCGAAAUUUUCGGCACUGUGCCAAAACAGUACCGGUACUGAAGUACCGACAAUUCUCCAAUCUGAAUUAGAAUAUGAACGUCACUUUAAUUCUGUUCUAUUUCACCAUAUUGUUUUCUAUACAUAUUGAAGGGAGAAUUUCAAACCCAAAAGGAAGCAGCAUGGUGUAUAAGCAAUUUGACAUUGAGUGGUACGCCGCCUCAAGUUGCCUAUGUAGUUGAACAAGGUGUUAUACAUCCAUUAUGUAAUUUGUUACAACAACAUGAUGCCCAAGUGCUUCAAGUUUGUCUUGAUGCUAUUCAUAAUAUUUUGAAACAAACAGCAGCAGACAAAAUUGAUGAUGUCACAACCGAAAUAGAAGAAUGUGGAGGUUUAGACAAAAUCGAAAAUUUACAAAAUCACCCAAGUCAAGAAAUUUAUCAGCAGGCUUUCGAUAUUAUUGAAAAAUAUUAUUCAACCGAAACGGAUGAAGAGACAUCAACAAAUGGUCAAGCGCCCGCUAUGGAGGGUGAUUUCUCGUUCAAUAAUCAAACUGUCCCACAUCAAAAUUUUGACUUUUGA